AUGGAUGAUUUUAGACGCGGGACGCGGACGAACGCCCCGCCGGGAGGGGCGUCGAGCGUGACGUUUGGGUCGGAUGGUAUCACGAGUGUGUGCGAGGAGGAGGUGCGGUGGAGACGGGCGAGCGCGGCGAAGUUGGCGGAACGCGCGGGGAGCGGGGGGAUCUUCGGCGAAGACGCUCGCGCGGACGCGGGCGCGGCGCGCGUCGAAGAGGAUGGACCGCGAACGCGGUGCGCGACGUGGGACGAUGUGAAAGUGAUGAUGAUUGCGGAUUUACGAACGCGGUGUCGUGAGCGUGGGAUCAAUCCAGCGGGGUCGAGGGAGGCGCUCGCGGAGCGCCUGUGGGAGGCGUUGUCGAACGGAGAGUGCGCGCUCGAGGUGGAGGAUAAGCCCAAGGGUGGAGUCUCGAGCGCGACGAUGAAUAACAAUUACACUCGGAGCUCGGGACAAAACGCGGGAAACUUUUUGACGGCCCGAGCGACGUCGAGAGUUCUGAGAGAUCCGGGCGGGGGGUCAUCGUUCAUCUUCGGCGGGGAAUCGCCGCCAAAGCGCUCGGGAAACGGUGAGGGCGAUCGCACUUCGCGCGGUGGAUCGCCUAAAGCGCAGGCGCGAGCGUCGCAUAUCGCCGCAAUGGCGGGGAGCGAUAUUUUUGGCGCACCCCAGAUGAGAAGCUCCAGGAUCUCCGCCGCCAAGCUGGCGGAGCAGCGGGGGAACAACGUCUUCGAUCAGACGCUCCCGCCGACCAAACCCAUCCCGGCGCAUCGUCAAGCUGCGUUGCGACAGAUUCAGGGCGUGGACAUCUUCGACCAAAACUUACCUCAGGUUCGAAGACAAAGGUGCGGUAAGUCGCAGACCCCGGGCGGAUCGUCGUCCAUUAACUUUGAGGGAAUGUUCCUCCCGGCGUCCGACGACGAGGGCGACGCGCCGGACGACGACGAGGACGAAGAACCGGACGAAGGCGAGACGAGAAACGUCCCCGUGGUCGAGGAACCUGAGGAAACGUAG